CUAUGGCUGAAAUGAAGAGAGCUGCAACGUGCCAGGAUGCAGCUACCUUCGAUCCGGGAAGCUGGCGACACUGGUAGGCAAACACCUAGUGAAAGUAGUGGAUCCCAUUCCAGCAACUGGCAGAAUGACAAGGACGGCAGCAGUUCCAAUGGCGAGUCUGAAAGUGGGAGCGAAGGCCGAGGCCACGAAGAAAUCCAGAGCGAUCAAAGCAGCGACAGCAGCGAGUACACCAGCAUUGUAUCAAGUUCCCUCACUUCUGGCCAAAGGUCCAGGAACAGUGGUCGAACCAAGCUUGGUGGUGCGAGCUUCGGCGGUGCUGUGAGCGGUCUUGUGGAUGUGCUACAGUACUCGCUUCAUGCUGUACAGCCACCAGGCCCACGCGCAGCCCUUGCCACAAAUGUAACUGCCCCUGCAUCUCCCGACAAAUCAGAUCAGGAGCCUGAGCUCUCGCGAGUGCCAUCACUGCGAACGCUGCUGAAGUUCCCUGAAGGAGACGGUCACGAAGCAGGAGAGGAAAGUGUUGCCAAGCGUACCCAGCGCUCGAACUUUAAGGAUAGCCAUGGCAGAGCAAAGCUCAACUCCAACAUUGCCGGCUUCGAAACCCUUGCAUUGGGUCUUGGUCGAGAUAAGUCCAAGAAGGAAAGUGAUCUUCAGAAGUCCUGGGGCGAGAUCGCCGGCAAGCUCGCCUUCGUCUUAACCAAAGUCGACCAGGUUGUACCAAUGUCCAAAGCAAGACUCCUUAACGAGGCCCUUGGAGGCGACGAAGAGAGGAGAUUAUCUGAGGAAUCUCGGCAUCUCUUGCAGAUGAUCAUGCAAUCCAAAAAGUUCCUGGGAAGCACCUUCCACUCACUACUGGAGAGUGAUCCAGUGAGAGUGCUGAAGGAUUCCUUAGAGGCACGCCUGAAUUCAGGACCCGGUGGCGGCCUUUUUGCUCAGCAAGAGGAGCUGAGUGCUUACGAAAAGGAGAUCAGUGUGCGAGAAAAUCAGAUGGACAAUCCGGAGUUUGUUGACAUGAUGCUUCAGCGCUGGUUCAUUCAGAAAGGAUUCUGUAUCAACAAUAUGGCUGAGAGGCGCCAACUUGCUGAGGAAUUCUGGAAGCUGCAACGUGCCAAUGCGCUAAAAAAAACCAAGCGCCUGCAGAGCAUGUCCACCAGGAAGUCGGUGCGGUCUUCGAUGUCUCUGGAGGCCUUCCAAUCUGUCAUAUCGAUGCGAAGCGAGCAGGAGCAGGACCUAUCCAGCGAGAGGGGCAUUUUACUGGAGAUCAGACGUGCAAUGACCAAGUUGAAACGGAAAUGCAGAGUGCUGGAGGGCCAAUGGGUUGAGCAACCCAGAAUGAUGCUUCCGCGCCUCGAGAAACAGUGCCGGACUCUCCGAACCAAAGUGGAGGACAAAUUUCACGAAACUGAAACGACCAGACAGAAGUUGUGUGAAGCUGACGCGCGGUGGCAGCGAAGCCGGGAUGGUUAUGAGCCAACUCUCGUGGACCUCGAAUUGCAGGCUUGGGAUACACGCGUGGAGUUGGCCAAGAGCGUGAUCCGAUGGGUGCGGCGAGAUCGCAAGGAACAGCAGGUGGAAUGGAACGCACGGAUGGCGAAAUACCAUGCGGACAAGACCCGCAUGCGCGGGAACUUUGACUACACUUUGCGUCGGUGGCGGGAAGACGGCUGUUGGACAUCUCCAGGAUUCAAUCCCUGGAAAGCCAGCCUCGCCUUCACGCCAGACUCGCUACAUCAGGCUGAUGAAGAUCGAACUCAAGCUGGGAAAGUCCAAGUUGACCAGGGCCUUACAAUCUCCGGCUUGACGCGUGCCUACCUCAUCAACCAGGAAAAGUUGCUGGACAAUGUCAAGCGGCCCUUGGGAAACCGCUGGGAGCUUUUGAGGAGACAGUAUGCCAACUAUUGCAGCAUCCUGGAGGGACAGAUUGAGCAUUGGCUGCGUGGGGACUUUCUCGGACCAGUCUUGAGACAAGUGCGAGAUUUGACAGGUCAUUUGAAUACCUUCGUCCAAGAGGUGCUGGAGCAGUUGGAGGAUCUCCGCGAAGGGGCUGUCACGGACCUUCACAUGCCCAGUCUCCAGGGCGAACACAGCCCCGACCAAGAAGGAGGAGCUGCGAGAAGAUCAGUGAAGGUAAGAGAGAGCAAUCGUGCCGACGCUCGGAUGGAGGAUGCGCUGACCGCGGUGUUGGUUCACGCAGAGAAAGAGCAUGCCUUUUUGAAUUCCUUGACGGCGUUCAACGGGGAACUGGCUGCGUUGGGACGCUGUCAAGCAGAGCUGUCUCAACUUGCAGCGAGAAGGCCAUUUACCUUUCAAGACCUAUGUGAGGGGCGAACAAUCUCAAAAGGCACUGAUGUGCCCCCCAUCUCCUUUGAGCAGCUGGAGGAGGGAAUCGAAUCGCCGGCUAAAGUUGCGCGUCAACUUACCCGCUUGGUGCAGAUCAACUGGACGACUUACCUAUUGAAGUGGGAGGUUCUGAUCAGUAAGCACAAAGCAGCCAGGGUUGCCUACGUUGACUACUUGGACAAAGUGCAAGAAUCUGCAAGGCAUAAACUCAUGAGAGACUUAAAGGAGAAGCCACACCUAAAGCAGGAGCUUUUGCAGAAGACCCGAUCGAAGAUGAAAGAGGUCGAGGAGAACUUCUAUGCCACCCACGUCCAACCAGAAGUGCUCAGAUGGAAGAGCCUUUCUGCAGAGGUUGCCGAUAUGACCAUGAAACUGCAAGAGAUGAAAUCGAAGACCAAGCAACUGGAGCAGGAUGUCUCGCUGAACUUCGUGCGGUCUCUGGAGUUGGAGAGCCAUGAGGACCUCUUGAAGAGGUACCAGACUGAAUAUGAGGAGGAACGGGAACGAACAGAGCAAUUGGAUAAGCAACUUGACGAUGCGAAGGAGCGACAACGAGUGGCAAAGGAGAACAGCAAACCAUCCAUGUCCGAGAUCCUGCAGGUGAAUCAUAUUCUGCGCCAACUUGAUGAAGCGAAAGCUCAGGAGCAGACCAGGCACAUGUUCUUCUUGGAUGAGGUGAUACAGUCAGAUCAAAUUCACCCAGAUGAAAUCAAGAAAGCCCUGAAUGAGAGAGGCCUGCAGGCUACCCCGACAGCCAAGCAGUUGCUUCGCGUUUUGCAAUCUCUUUCGUCAACAUGGACCGUGGAAGACAAGGUGGAGGAAUCAGAAAGGAACGACUCAAAAAAGAAUGACGUUGAAAAAAUUGAACGCCUGAAGAAUCCGAAGAAGGGUGAAGCCAUGAAAGCCAUUCAGCCUGGUGAAGUAGUUCAGUCGGAUUCCACGUCCAAAGUCCAGUCGCAGGAGGAACGCAAUAAAAUCUCUGAAGGGCCCAACACCAAAGAAAUCACAAGGAGGCUCUCCUGGCGGUUGCCCUCCUCGUCAUCUUUGGCGAGUUUGGCUGUUGGCGAUGAGGAUACUAUUGCGACGGCAUGCAAGGAGAACGAGACUGCGAGGCCCAGUGCCCUGGUAGAAGUCAUACGAGCUCCAGAAGUGCCAAGUGAAGAGAUUGUCAAAAAGACCGAGCAAGUGAGUGGCAACGCGACCGCAAUCGAGCUGGGGCAGCAACGAUUACAGGAUUCACCAGUCGAGGACAAAGAGAGUCUUGGAGCACAGAAUCCAGAUAGAGUACUGAACAGCGAAGAGCAAAGAGUUCCCAUCACCGACGCCAUAGUGAUACCUGGACCACGGGAAGUAGAAGAUGGCGGGGUUCCUGAAUCUGUUGUGAUAGACUUGACGGAGGAGGCGCACACGGAGCCAGAAGAUCGCCCGCCUCCAACGGUGAAGUCUCCCACGGGCCGUGCGGGUCAGACUGAUUUUGACUUGUUGCAGACGGUGCGGAGAGAUGCCAGCGAUGUUCCGGAGUCUGACCGGACAAGGCUGGAGCAAGACCUAGAGGAUGGUUCGGAGACGAGUUUGUUGACCAAGCCUGAGGCUAGACCAUCUACACCAAACUCUAGACCUGAUGAACCGGCAGAAUGGGUGCCUGCUGAAGUCUUGAAGGAAAGACGCGUGGUCUUCGAGGAUGAAAGUUUGGAAGAGGUGCUGGAUGCAGGGACUUCGCCAAAAUCACCGCAAGUUGAGGAAAGGCGUGUGGUCUUCGAUGAGGGCUUGGAAGAGGUACUGGAAGAUGCGGUGACUUCGCCAAAACCGCCGCAAUUUGAGGUACCUGCCGAACCAAGGGAAGCAAUCGUGCCAGAGAUGCACGUUGACGUUAUGUAUCAAUCGUAUCAUGAUGAGGCGACCGUGGCAUCACGGCAACCUACGAAGGCCAAAAAGCCCAAAAAGCUGAAAGCGCAGAAUUCAAUUUCUUCAUGGAUGCAGGAAGUAAGCAGAGCGCUCUUGGCACAUUCAGAGGUUUCUUCGGAGCCGAGUGAGGAACUUGAGAAGCAACUGACUGCACGUGCAAGCUUACAAUUCUUGCUCAAUCGUCGAAAGCGUCGUCGAGGUUUGCCUACGAGUUUGUGGCCAGAGCUGUCAGUGGGCAACUCCCCGUCCGCAAGAAAGGAUUUUUCUGCUUCUCAGCCUUUGCGCACAAAGACAGGAAGGCUACCUCGAUCAGACACUCCGGAGAUGCAGCCCUCCAUUCAUGCCAUCCUCGAAUCUGCCUCUCCUGCAUCAGCAGUCCGAUCAGGCCGUUCGCCCACCGGUCGCUUACGCAAGAGGUCAUUGAAGGCGAACUUUGCUGGCACACCUCUUGCACUUGAUGUGGGUCAAGGAAAAGCUCCAAAGCUGACCUCAUCGCCUAGGCUUAGUCAGGGCAAACUUUGCAGAGGCGCCAUGUCACACUUUCGGGACCAGCUGCCAACACGAUCCUUUCAUGGUAGCGGCAAUGGGUUAAAGCUCGCGGUGGCACCAGGACUCGAAGCCUUCUUGUGGGGUCACACACGCCCCCGAGGUGAGUGGCGUGGACUACUCCAGACUAAGAGCAAGGAGACCCCUGCUUUCAAUGGCGUUGAAGAAUUGGUGGUGAAACACGUCACGAAGGAAAAGCCGACGAAACUUUUGCAAAGAAGGCACCUGAUGCAACUCUAUCAGGCUGUAGAGGCCAAAGCAGCCAACAAGAAGCUGGCAGCUGCCAACCGCUUUGAAAGUGACUUCACGCUUUUGCCAGCUAGGAGCUCUGAGUCUAGACAAACGGCGUUCAGAGAGAGUGUCUUAGAGACUGCGAGAAAUGCCACAUAGUUCUGCGUGUCCAAAGCUCCGCCGAAGGCGCAGCGUUGAACCGCGGCUUAUACUAUUUAGCAAACCAUGUAAAAUCA